GACAUGCUGCUGGACCAGAUCGUCUGUGGGGUUAGAGACCUGAGACUCCAAAGACGUUUGCUGGCAAAAAAGGACUUGAAUCUGGCCCUAGCCAUGGAGGAAGCCCUGGCUGCUGAGCUCUCUGCCCAGUCAGCAGCCGAGAUUCAGGGCACCCCAUUAAAGCCCAGCAGUCCAACCGUCCAUUCUGAAGAAACAAACAGCUUCACCCCCAAACAACCGCCCUUGUGCCUAACCUGCGGAGGCUCCCACUCUAGGGCAUCCUGCAGGUUUAGAAACGCCAUCUGCCUGAACUGCCAAAAGAAGGGUCACCUCGCUAGAGUAUGCCAAGCAGGGCGCUCCUUGCCUCAAAGACCUCCACCACCUUCUAUUUCCCAAAGGCAAGUGGAGGACUGCUAUACCUGCUACCACGCUAACCAUACUUCCCAAACCCCUGAUAAAAUUAAAAUUUCUGUUUUCCUAGAAGGUAAACCCUGCAGGAUGGAGGUAGACACGGGAUCUGCGCUCUCAAUCCUAUUGUGGGGUACAAGAGUAGUCAUCCCAGCCACCCUUCGAGUACCCAUCCUGAAGGUGCUUCACGAGGGCCAUCCGGGCAUCGUAAGGAUGAAGGCGUUGGCCCGCAGCUACGUUUGGUGGCCCGGCAUGGAUGCUCAAAUCGCCAACUGGGUAAGCUCUUGCCAACCUUGCCAAGAAACCAGGGCUGCCCCGCCAGCCGCCACACCCACCAGGUGGGAAAGUGCUAGUGCCCCUUGGUCCCGCCUGCACAUCGACCUGGCUGGACCAGUGCAUGGCAAGACUUUCUUGGUGGUCGUGGAUUCCUACUCCAAGUGGAUUGACGUGGCCUUGCUUCCCUCGACCACCACCCAAGCCGUAGUCAAAGCCCUGACCCGUUUAUUUGUCACCCAUGGACUUCCAGACACGCUGGUGUCUGACAAUGGCCCGCAGUUCACAUCAUGUGAGUUCAACUGGCACUCUAAACUGUCUCGUUUCCUGCUCAGCCAACAUACGACGCCUUGCACCGCUACUAACAAAUCUCCCGCCGAACUUUUAAUGGGGAGACGCCUUAGAACCACCCUGGACAGGCUACACCCCCACUACUGCCCAGACACCCCUUUAGGGUCUGACAGUCUGGUCAGAGACUUUGCCUUGCAGGACCUGGUGUACGCCAGGAACUAUGCAGGGGAUCCUUUGUGGGUACCAGGUCAAAUCGUGUCAGUCACAGGUCCAAGAUCCUACAGGGUCCUCCUGGAAGAUGGACGCUUGUGGCAAAGGCACGUGGACCAACUCAGA